AUGGCCCGUGUAAGGAUGCUAUUCUCUUACCCCCAUAUUUUUCGGAAUAUAAUAUGUAAAAAUAAUUCACAAGUGCGAAAAAUAUGUAAUCAGUCAAUUUGUAAAAUAUUGAUAUUGAAUUACAGAUACUCUAGCUGUCAAUGAGUAUAAUCACAAUUCAUCAUGUUCUGCUAUAUUAUAUAGGUGUUGCUCGCUUGUUUCAAACUAUUACCAGCCAUGCAUUACGGCGAUUCGAAUAUCUUAACUUUUGAGAGCAGUUUGUCUAUCGCCAUUGACUAAGUGUAUAGUUUCGACUUAAUUAAUUAAUUAAAAUUGAGUGAUUGUUGACAUAGUGGUUUCGCUUCGUUUGUUAUAGGCGUCGCACAAUCAAAUAUCUGUUCUAUCAUGAAAUUAUUUAUAUAGGCUACUGUCAAUUCUUAAUCAAUCUUCGUUCUUAUGAGUUAUAAUGUGGUUUAAAUUAACUGUACGUAUUUAUAUCUGCCAUUCGGAAACACAAUGUCAAUGCUCUGCAUUGAAUCGCUUAAUAUAUUACUGGCAUACAGUAUAAUUAUAAGUUCAUUCCCUGCCAGCUGCUAUACGAAAUAAUAAAUAUACAACUUGUAGUUGACGCCGUUUGUUGCAAUACUGUAACUCAAUAUCUUGGUGUAUUUUUUUGCAGAUGUCUUUCAGUAAAAUUACUUGCACACAGUGCAUAAUACUAUUAAGGAAGUAAAACUGACGUAUCUUAAUUAAAUUGAAAUAUGCAAAAACGGCGAGGAUAACUGCGUAGUCAUGGACUCAUGGUAACAAGAAAUGUGCAUUAACAUGACCAAAUUAUUCAUACUCCAUAGAAACAAAAGCGCGCCCGAAACGAAAUUUCUCAAAUAUAAUUGUGAUAUUGAUAUUGAGAGUGAUAGUGAAUUAUAUUUAAGCACAGAGGCCUGUGAUCCAAAUUGAGAUGAUCUUCCCAGGCGCCAUGCCAUUUGAAUUAUUUACAAUAUUUUCAAGGAAAUUGAUAAAUUAAAGCUGUAUACAAAUUAUUUAUACACCACAGUUUUCAGUUUGUGAAAAUUUUUAGUGUAUUGAAUCAAUACCAUGCACUGCUCCAAUAUAUUCCGGACUAAUUUAAAAAAAUUGGUGUUUCGGAAAGAUAACAAAAUUGUAGUCAUGACCUCUUGUACCAUGGCCGUGAAUUAAAUUCGCUCGAUUAAACGUCCGUGAAAGAUAAGUAAGAUGGGCCUAAUUUGUUGAAUACUUUGAACAUCAGAUAUGAUUUUUGUUUCAUUCGCCUAUCUUCUAGUGUCAGCCAAUUUAAGUUAUUCAAUAUUUGGGACGAGCGUAUUCAUCGUUGCUCAUAUAGUAAGUAUUAAAGGCAUAUAGUUGUUCAUAAUAAUUAAUUAUUAAUAAUCGAGGAGGCAUAGUAAAUUAAAUUAAAAAUUGGGCAUAUACAGUUCUGUGUCCUAAUUCCUUGAUAUGGGACUAUAUUAUUUACAAAACGCUUUCAAUAAAUACUUUUGCAGUUCAAAUCUAUCCUUUUUUGAAAAUUAGUAUUAUACAUUUGUCUCUUUUAGACCUGUUUUGAAUCGACUGAAUAUAAUGAUGUUCAAAGUAGUUCUAUUCCUGCAAUUCCUGGUACAAAUUUUAGGCAAGUACCUUCCGUGGGAUGAUAUGUAUUAACAUUACAUCGUGCAUCUGUUUAAUGUUAGGCCACUUUUAACAUCCUAAAAAUAGUCGUUGGAUAUGACCAAACCGCAAGCACAACGUACAGCAUUUCCUUGCCAACAUUACAGUAAAAUGUUCGUCCUUGGUUGCUAAGUGUUUUUUAUAAUCGUGGCUAUUUUAUUAAUAUACAUUUUCAUAACUCGAGCUAAAAAUAUAUACCCUGCAUUAGCCUGAAACCUUGAGCUAGAUUGAAAGAUUUUUUCGCCCAGCCUAUUGAGUACAAGAAUGACCGAGAGCUGACGUGCAUUACAGCUGAGUGGACAUGGGUGGGGAAGCCGUAAAAACAGAAGAGCGAUUCAUCGUCCAGUCUGGCGAUAAAAUUAUCAAUAACUAACCCAGUGAAUUUUAUGCGCUAUCGUACUUCCCAGAGCUUAAUUUUGAAAAGUGUUCCACACCAUUCAUUAAUUAAUACAAUUUCAAAAUAUUCCCUUUGGAAAAAUCUGAAAUCUCCCACUAGGAGAAUCGUUUAGUAUACAUGCUUAAUAUCUAACUGUGCAUGCAGGUAUGGUGGAAGGUGUUUUCUCCAAAAUUUUAACAUAAUGAUGUUGCAUGCAGUAUUGAGUUGUCCAGAUCAGUAGCAAUUUACAUUAGAAGUCAUGUCAUUUUCAUUUAAAUCCAUUCGUUUUGUCUCUGUACUAACUAUUGCUUAUUGUAUUUACACGCAGGACUAAGCGCAAAUAUUAAAGAAAAAAACAACCAACAAGAAGCUCCUUUGGGAUUCGAUCAUUCCUGGGAGGCUCAGCGUUUUAUAAGUAUGUUUAUGUAGUGAACAUUAUACAUUAAUAUUGACUAGUUGUGUAAAAAAUUCUUAUCUCUAAGUCAGCUGACAGAACAAUCUAAAAAACCAAGGGGACACGAACCAUUGUUAUUCAAUUAUAGAUAGGAGACUUAUUAUGAGUGUGUAUCAGAAUAUUUGCGCUUCUCAUUCGUUUGAACUAGUGUUGGAUGACAUCACAUAAUUAUGGCAAUUUCUAGUGUAAAAUGACUCAACACAUCUAGCCAGACCGAAAUAUGAGCAAGAACUAUAUACCAUCUGCAUACGCCGCUGUGAAACGUAAAGCGAAUGCGCGAGUAUACGGAAAUGGAGAGGGAAAUGUCUGCAAAUAUAAUAGAGUAAAUACAGGAAAAGAAAAGUGUUUAUUAUAUGGGAACGGUGGAAGCUAUCAGGUAGGACACUUGUAAUUUCCUUCAACUCUUGUAGCUUCUUGUAAGAAUACAAUUUCCUGUAUUUGAAUCGAAGCGCUAAAUACGCGCGGAAAUUUGAAAGCUACGUUCCGCCUCGAAUAUUGUUGCAGGUUACUUUCAUGUCUUUCAUUGUUCAAAAUAAAUUUUUCGCCAACAUAAACCUAGACAUUCAUAUAAUAUCCAUUUUAGAUGUAACCCUUUUUUCGAACUUAAACGGCCCUUGAAUACGUGCUUAAACGUUGUUAUAUAGCUAGUCGCCUUCUGGAUUUCGCAGUUCAAAUUUUCCUUGCUUUUAACCCCCAUGGGGAAAUGGUCCAAAGAUUUUUUUACUUGAAUAAAAUUUGAAAGAAAGUUGUAGUUAAUGAUGCACUCAUUAAGUGGCGAAGGUGGGCGAAUAAUGACUUCACCAAGUAGGGAAAAGGAUAGGCAAACGCGAUUUCGGGCGGACAUCUUCAGUGGGCAUCUUUGGCAGGAACAUGUAGUAUUCUAGUGUGUGCGACCGGAAAGGUUACUUGUUGAAAAGCGAAAAGUAUCUGAGAAGUAACGUCACUGGCGUUGCCAAGGUAACAAUAGAAUUUCUACAUUGUGAACCUUUUUUGGCUUUAUUUAACCAAUUUAAGUCGAAAAGAACGACGGUUACGCCCAUUUUUUCACUUUGUUAAUGAAUCAUUUUCGAUUAGGGAGAUUAAUUAUUUUGCCAAAUAUGAAAAAGUCGCAUUUAAUUUUCUCUAUUAAUUUCUUUUCAAUCUUCGGCGCUAGCAUUCUGUAGGAGCUGGCUAAUUAAUUAGCUUCACUGUUUGAAAACGUUUAACAAGGUAACGUACCAUUUGAAGCAUCCAUUGUUGUUUUCAGGUUAAACAUAGCAAGGGGAGGGAUUGGUGACCUCGUUACCAGGGCGUUUGUGUUAGGACGAGAGGAUAGUCUGCGCCGGUCAAUUUUGCAUUAUGAUUCCCUAACACCAUAUUGUCUAAAAAUAGCAGAACCGUUGUCAAUAAGAAUUCAACAUAUGUAUUUUUGUUAUUGUUGUGUACGAGCAUAGUUUGCAAAUUAAUCUUUCGAAGUACGUACGUGAAGGGAUGUGAGCAACGACCGUUUUCAGUUUUCAGCGUUUCCGUAUAUUUGCUGCAGUAUAAACAAGAAUAAAAAAAGAUUACGCGUGGUUUUAUAUUUGUGUGUAUUUAUAUCGAACUAUGUCUCAGGGCAUAUUUAAACUAAAUAUUAAAUGUUAAUAGCCUUAUUGUUUAAGACGCGAGAAAGCAAUUUUUGUGCGAAUCACCACUUGGAGACGUUAUGAUACAGCUUGAAAAUCAGGUUGAGAUUAGACUUCAUUACGGAUCGUAGACAAAGAGUCAAACUAAAUAGCGACUGUUUCUCUGAUUAGUGUAAUCUGAAUUGUUAUUCUAAAUUAUUUCAUAGAUACAGAUUCACUGGUAGAGGACGAGUCUAAUAUGGGUCAAAUUGUAGCACUUCGUGAACGCCGCGACUCUCCGAAAUCAGAAAAUAAAAACGAAGGUUACGAGGGUUGUGGCAGCGCAGGUAAGAUGUUUCUAAACAUGACCCUUAGUCAUGCUAAUUGAAUAUUAACUAUUAUAUAUAUUGAAUUACCGCACUUAACUCAGACAAAAUCCAAAGAAAACUCAGCUAACGCAUGAUUAUCUGAUUAAACGUUCUUAUAUCCUUUAGACAAACUUGGGCGAAUACUUUGGCAUCGUAGCAUACUUUGAGCGCGAUCUUAAUUUGAGCGAUCACCAAUCGAUCCCAGAUGGCUCUUUGGACUUCGUAGGGAGAUCCGACACUUGCAUAAAAAAAAAAACUUAAGGAGGCUCCCUACAGUUGCGUGGGGGAUGUUCGCGGGACCAGUACGUGAACUAUCCCACGCAACCGCAUGAUCAAAACAAAACAAAAAUUGACCGGGCUUUUUUUAAACAAAAAGCCAUUUCUGAAAGGUUUCAAAUGGAAAAAAGCGUUGAAUAAUACUUCGUUUUGAGUGCUAAAUCACUUGCGAGUCUAUACAGCAAUUCUACAUAUGAUACGAAUAUCACUAGAUCAAAAAAUAGCUACGAAACAAUGUUUUUAAAAUUUUUUAAAAUAUGUAUAGGUAAUCAUGCGAUGGCGAGUACAAUUAGGGAUUAAUAGUGCGAGUGAUGUUUGGAAAUUUUGCCAAAAUUGGACGGGCCGCCGGGGCGAGCCCGAUUUGGCAAAUUUCCAAACAUCACGAGUACUAUUAAUCCCUAAUUGUACGAGCAACAUCGCAUGAUUACUUGUUUAUUAUUAGCAUGACAAAAUUGGAUACGUACUACUCAAAUUAUGUCAACAUCAUAUACUCUCGCCAAAGCCCAGUCCUGCCAGACUUUCAACCAAAAUUUGGUGCUUUGGUUUGUAUUCUCAUUUAGUUCUUUUGUUCAAGCAAAAUUUGGUGCUUUUGUUCGUAUUUUCAUCUAGUUUCUCCACGGCGAAAUCAUUUCGCAAUUGUGUUUAAAAUACCUUUCCGCCAUUUUGUUUGUUUUGGGAAAAUCAUUAAUUGUACUGCAGUACAAUUAAUGAUGGUAAUAGAAAGAAUAGGAGUGCUAUUAAUGCCAUAAUCAUACGAGUGAUUACAAAAUCAACCGACUGCGUAGCGGGAGGUUGAUUUGUUAAUCACGAGUAUGAUUAUGGCAUUAAUAGUACGACUUAAUUCGUUCUAUUAAUUAUUAAUUAUUUAUCUUCUGUAAUCAAACUGUUUAAUUAAGGGGGAAAAGCACAAAAAUACAAUUUGUUGAAAUUCAAUAUAAUUAUUAAAUUUUUUUCACGACAAUUCUUUAUAGUGAAAUAGUACAAUUUUGAAUUAAAUUUAAAUUUAUCAUAAUCAAAUUAACAUAUUAUUAAGUUCCCGGUAUUAUUUCCGGUAUAAUCACAUGACAACAUUGUUUGAAUUAUUCAACACACAAUUGGGAAGCCAUGUUUGCAUGUUUAUAUUAACGUGUUCAAAAUAGUGAAGUUCUUUAGUUCAGUUUAAUCUGAAUCUGAUUGAAAUAUAAUUCCUGCUUGUGUCUAGUUCGGUGUCUUCUGCUGGAAGAACAUAUAGGUCAUUUUCGUCAGAAAAUAUAUAAUUUAACAGCCCUCGAAAACGAGGUCGGCAUUCGGCAAUGCCGACCUAUUAAAUGCCGACCUAUCAACCUCCCAGGUCGGCAAUGUUUUGCCAAACUUAAUUCAGCCAAAGUAAGAAACAUUUUUGGUGCUGAAAACUGUUAAAAAGUCAGCGAUUAUAGAAUUCAAUACACUUUGGUGUAAGGUUUAAGAAUUAACGGGUAUUAUGAUAUGAUUUAGGUAAGACCCUAAAAGAAAAGCCUUCGUGACAUUUAUACUUUUCAAUGACUCGUAAAUGCGUGAUUACUAGUACAGGCUACUAGUGCUCCAAGACAUGGCAACAGAUUUAAAAAAAUGUCGAGAUGUGCCGAGCUAGGUCAGAUUUAGGUCGGCUUUUUUUUUCCGACCUCAAUUUUGACGGUUUUCGAGGGCUGAUUUAAAAAUUAAAAGGUCAAAAUUUUCAAAAUUUUUGAAUUCCUCCAUUUUGAUUUCUUUUACAGUAAUAAAGAAAAUAAAAUUCAAAGUUUGUAUCCUGAAUGCUGAUAGGCUAGUUGUAAAUACUAGUCUGAUUUUCAUUGGUUGUAGACAAUAGCGCGAUUACAGCUCAGAAAAGGUGCGAUUAAUGCUCAAAUCGUACUCCUGUAAACCAAUGAAAUUGCAGUAUUUGCCACUGAUUACAGAAGACAAAUAAUUAAUGAAAUAAUUGUACACCUCUCAACCAAUCAGCAUCCAGUAAUUUUGUCACGCUAGUAAUAAACACUGUUAACUGUCAAAUAUUUGCAAAAUUGGAUACAAACGUUUAAAAAGUUGUUUACUUCACAAGAAAACGUUCACGUUUUUAGUCGUGUUUCUACAAGAUUAAAGUUCUUAUAUAUAAACAGAAAAAUAUUUCAGUUUCAUAGCCUAAUUGUUCAUUUUUAGCAAAAAGUACAAAACCAAACAUGAAACAAAAAACACGUCUACCUGUUAAUAGGCUGUUACAGCUGAUAGAUUGAGUAAACGGCAGGGUUCAAUCAGUUUCAAUCUUAAAGAGGUUUUGUUGUUUUCAUCGAUUUGAUCCUUCACAAUAAUCCUUGGCUGUCCAUGGCACUCAAGUAAAUCGAAAAUUUGACAAAACAAAACAGUAAAAACAACAUUGCCGCUCGAUUUUGCUGAAUGAAAGCUCGUUCUGCGCCCGCGUACAAUCAUUUACUAGUCAGCGACGCUUUUCAACAAGGGGAAUUUUUCUAACCUGAGUAUCAGGCCCUUGGUAUUGAAAGAGGGCCUGACACAAUUCGCCUCUAAAGCCAUGUUCAACAUCCAGAAUCUGGAUGUUAUGCUGAUUGUCUAAGAGACGAUAAAACGCGUCAUGUGAUUCAAACCGGAAAUAUAUGACCGGCGUAUGUAAACACCAAAAAUAGAAUUUGUAAUUUUGUCAAUAUACUGUUAAAAGUGCUUUAUUUCUGAAAUUUAUUUUCAAUUAAUUAAGCCUAAAAAUGACAAAAUAAGUACGAAAUGACGUUUAAAACGUUUUUGCAGCAACAUUUUACUCGGUAUAAAACUAAAACUACAUGGUCAUAGUAGAAAGCGUGUCUAAAUAUCUCGCCGUAAUAGUCGCCGUGGAACGAAAAUAUGUGGAUGUCGGAAAUUUUCAAAUAUUUAGUUCCAAAAAGCAUGAAGCCUUAUUUAUAUCAGUUUAUUGCCGAGCUGUUUUCCAAGACCUGCAAGGAUAUAGUAGUCAGCUCGCUCGAACUAAUAUGCCAACAUCAGGCAGAAAUUGAAGACAAUAGCCGCUGUGUCAGACGCAGUUGAAGCGAAUAGCUGUCUCGAAUAAACUAUUAACAUGACACGAGGACCGAGGAAGAAGAAUCCUAUUUAGAGCGCCGAAUGCUGUCUCUUUAGACUCCUGGAAAAAGCCAUCGAGCUAUGGUUCCCCGAAUGAGGCAUAGUUUACGCUUAGAAUUCCAUCAUGUGGAUAUUUCGACAAAAACAUACCGAUUUUUCUCCGUAUUUAUUCAAAUUUAUACAAAACUGCAAAUAACGAAAUUUGCGUAUUUAAAUAUCUGUAGCGGACAACCGGAAAUAUGCUACAACCGGAAAUAAUUUUAAUUGGCUGAUAUUCUGGGGGUGGAAAGCCCGUAGAGGGGAAUUGUGUCAGGCUCUCUUCAAUACCAAGGGCCUGAUACUCAGGUUAGAAUUUCUCGAGCUACACGAGGCUAUUUUCUAACUUUAUUUGCAUUUUACUCAUUAGUUUCAUCGGUGACCUAUCUUCGGAUUUUGAUCACGAAUUUAUUUUGCGGUAAAUUUUAUUAAUUAAAAUUUAAAAAAAAAUCUUUAGUGUGGAAAUUUCGCAAUAAAAUUUUCGCUUUUAAAAAAAUCACACACUACAGAAUUUUUUUAAACUUUCACCACAGUUGCAGAGCAUCAUUCCCUAAUGAUACAUGAAAUAAAAAAGAUAGGUCACCGACAUCGUUUUUGAGAUAGCGGCACAUUUAUGGGUUAAAUUGGAAGGGUUUAUGCUGUCGUUAUGUUGCCAUGGGAACACUGACGUUGUCGAAAUCAAGUUUGAAAUAUUCCUUAGGUGACCAAUGCCACCAAGUCGAAAAGAAUUCGCGUUCUGCACGUAUAAGCCUGUUUUACGGAAUUAUUGCACAAACAAGAAUAACUGUAGGGAGACAUCUUAAAUGAAUUAACUAAAUUUAUAAAAUAACAUGUAUAUAACGCGUGCUCUGAUUGGUUUCAACCCGUGUUUGGAUCAGGCCAUCCAAACACGGAAGACUAUCGUGUUGCUGUUAUUUUAUAAAACAGUUACUUUAUGGUUUCCGUAUUUGGAUCGGCCUGAUCCAAACACUCGAGCAAUCCAUCAAGUAAUUGUAUAUAAUGAAUUGACUAAAUUAUCGUUGGCAACAAUUGGAAAAGUUCUAGGCUGCUAAGCAAGUAAUUAGUAAUUAUAGAACGUGAACACCACCACUUGAACUAUUCUAGUUCAGAUUGAUCUUAAAUCCAUUAAUUAAACUCUUUAUGUUAGUUGCUUCUCAAAGUUGCCACAUUUUGGUGGACUGAUGUGUAAUUCCACUGUAUUCUUCACGAUUUCAUUUACAUUUUUCAACGGUAUAUCCAAGUUAUGGGAUCAACAAUUAAACAUAUUAUUAAAUUAUAUUAAACCAUAUUAUCGCCGAGCCAACGGUGCGGAGCGCCGUUCCGGGCGUUAGCCUGCGGCGAGGGUACUAAUUGCCCGGGAAAUGAACGCAUUAGCGAAGUCUAACGUUCAUUAAUGAUCGCUGGCGCGUGACUGUGGUUUAUGGGUGGACCUCCUCACUGAUCUCAAAAAUAUGGUUGCUUGCCAGGAGUGGGAUAAGCACACUGAGGAUAUUUAAAAGCAAGAUGUAGAUUUUCAGAAGCAUAUAUUCGGAAAAUCUCGUUUCCCACAUUGUGCUUUGAAGCACUUUUUGUUUGAAGAAAUGAGAGGAAUUGGUUUACUAUGGAAAAUCGUGAAAUAUAUAGCAAGUUUACUUUGAAUGUUUAAUAUUUAUGAAUUUUGUUGCUUUGAUAAUUUUAAUAUUGCGUAAAACAUGCACUGCUGUUUUCGUUGAUGCUGUAAGUUUCCUAAAUUACCCUGUUUAAUUUUAGGGGGAAAAAGGUGAAUGUAAAGGAGAGCAAAUUAAUUUGAAGACCAGUAACUAAAAUUACUCAACUAUUUGAAGUAAAAAGGCAAAUCGCAAAAGUUAUGACGAUCGCCAAAAGCAGUUCAGUGAUUAAAAUAAGCAUUUCAAAACAUUUUACGAAGCGAUUCGGGUUAAAUUUUACAUUGAAAUCAAAGCCCACAAAAUCCAGAACAACAUACCUACAGUACAUAUUUCUUAAAGUCAUUGUUAUAUACUAUAGACCGAUAUAAGUCAUUUCGAAUAUCGCCAAAAUAUUUGAGAAAUUAGUCUGUAGACAACUGAAUACCUUCCUGGAUAACAACAACAUAAUUGUAAAAAAUCAAUCAGGUUUCCGUCGCAAUCACUCAACCGAAACCUCGUUACUACAAUCUACUGAAAUGUGGUUGAAAUCAAUGGACCAGGGUCAAAUAAAUGGGGUUAUUUUCUUAGACCUGAAAAAAGCAUUUGAUACGAUUGAUCACCAGAUUCUAUUGUCAAAACUACAAGCUUAUGGGAUACGCGACCACACGCUCAAAUGGUUCCAAUCGUAUUUAGAUCAAAGAAAGCAAAUUUGCAUGCUAAAUAACUGUAAAUCUGAUAUUGAAACAAUUCGUUGUGGAGUACCUCAGGGUUCAAAUCUUGGACCUCUAUUAUUUCUCAUUUACGUAAACGACCUCCCAAACUGCCUAGAAACAACACACUCUAAUUUAUUUGCUGAUGACACAAUUUUAUCAUGUCAAGGGCAUUUAUCCAUAGAUAUUGAAUACAAACUUAACAAAGACCUAGUAAAUGCUCAAAAAUGGUUAUCAGCGAAUAAACUAACAUUAAACAACGAAAAAACCAAAUAUAUGAUUAUUGGAUCUCGGCAACGAUUGAAAAACUUAGAUCGCGUGCCAAGAAUCAGUAUAAACGGACAUCAAAUUGAACCAGUUUAUAAAAAGGAAGCUUUGGGUAUAGUUAUGGACGAUAGACUUAGCUGGAAUAGGCAAAAUGAAGAACAAUGCAACAAGAUAUCAAAAAAUAUUAAUCUUUUAAGAAAAGCCAAAGAUUUUGUUGGCCUAGAUACGCUCAAAAUUAUGUAUAACGCAUUAGUCGCGCCUCAUUUUAACUACUGUUCAACUGUUUGGCAAAAUAACAACCAAACACACUUAGACAAAUUAUAUAAGCUUCAGAAACGAGCAGCAAGAAUAAUAACAAAUUCGGACUAUACUAUAAGAUCUUCGGACAUUUUUCAAAAACUUAGCUGGAAACCUCUUGACUUAAUUUUGAAAAAGCGAGAUCUCCUUAUGACAUUUAAAGCGAUUAAUGGCAUGCUUCCAGAAUACGUAACACAACUAUUUCACACUUGUGAAAACAAUGGUUACGUACUGCGCAGUAGUAAUUUAAAGCUGUCUCAACCUAAACCAAAAACGAAUUUCUUGAAAAAUAGCUUUUCGUACAGAGGAGCAGCAUAUUGGAACAACAUCCCAGUAAACUUGUUGAAAACCCUAAGAGAAUCAACAAGUUUAAAAUCUGUCCAUCAUCUAUUAAAUAAUUACAUCUUGUAAAUAAGUAAAUAAGUAAUAAGUAUAUUUUGUAAAUAAGUAUAAUUUAGUUUAUUAGUUCCUUCUUUUAUAAUGCAUUUAUUUUCCGCACGGCCCUUAAUGAAAAUCACCUAUGUGAAAGGUUACCGUGUUUAAAGAUCAAUAAUAAUAAUAAUAAUAAUAAUAUAGUUAACAGCAAUUAUCUUUCGACUAUUUUUGCCGUGUUGUACAAAAGUGUAUCGUGCUGCCAUGGCAACACUGACAUAAACGCGAGCCUGAGUUCAGUGUUGAUCAAUUGCUAAUACAUCAUGUUAAAUCAAUGUUUGUAAAAUAUGGGCGAGGGAUUGCUUCAUGCAUGUAUUUCUAGAAUUGGUAUUGAUUUCUUAACCUAGUACGCGAAAUAGCACGCAUUCCAGGGCUCAUUAGGGAGUUAAAGCAUUCAAAUUCGAACAUGCGGUACUAACGCUUGACUUCAAAGUGUAGCCUUUUUUUUUGGGACGCACUGUAUAAAAAAAACGCAACCUCGUAAUUUCCCAAGAAAUCGACAUUGUUUUAAAGACAAGAGAUUUUAGCUGCCUGGGAAUUUAAAAUAGCACAACUGUCAAAAUUACUGCACGCGCGAGUGCAUAAAGCAAAAUUUACGCAUUUAUUUAAUGACACUUAAUGAGAUUUAUUUUACAAGUACUGUACAGCACAACAACAGUAAUAUGAUCUAUUAGCAAUUCGAUUUCAAUUCGCGGGGGCCUAAUAUCUUUUAUGCUUAAGAAUUGCAAUGUGGAUUUCUUAGGAAAUUCCAAGGUUGCGUUUCACUUCCGAGUAGCGGGCGGAGGUAUGCAGUCUCUGAGUGCCCUCUAGUUAUAUAUGAGUUUGCAAGCUGUAUUGGGAAACAAAAUCAUAGAAGAGUAAGUUUACAGGCGCGCCAAGAUUACAUUCACCAAUUAAACAAUAGACCCAUUGCACAUGACGUAAUAAUUUUGUAUUAAAAUGGGUAAUUUUUGUGCUGUUGUUCCCGAACAGAUAUUGUUAGGAGAGCAUCUGGAGGAGUCUCUAAGGAUUUGUGACGUCAGUGUAAUGCGUCUAUACUGUAUGUGAUCUAUACUUGGCUAAUAUGUCGAUUCCAAUAGCAACUCGAAAUUUCCGAUAUAGAUUGCUGGCUUCUGUAGAUAAUUUACAUUACCAGAUUCCUUCACAUGCAUGCAAAUACGUCACUGUUAAAUUAAGCCAGCUUAAUUUAAACAUACGUAUUAUUUGGAAAUCACGAACCAAAGAUGUCAUGGGGUUUUUUUCCGGCUAUAUUAUGCUUGUAAUAUAAAUAAAGUAAAAUAGGAUAUUUAAUACAAAAUUUGGAUUGGUCAGAUGGCGGCAGUGGACAGAACGAGAAAAUUGAAUCGAAAGGAAACUUUCCAAAUCAUUGCUAAGGAUCGCGCGGCAUAUCGUACCGUUGUUAAUCCUAUCACUGGUUUGCCCCACUUUAAACUAUUUUCAAUUUAGAUAUUUGUGACACAACUAUGCACGACUGCCAUCAAAAUGCCACCUGUUCUUCAGCGAUGAGCGACCGGGAGUAUAACUGUACCUGCAACAAAGGAUUCUCGGGAAAUGGAACACACUGUGAAGGCAAGUUCUUGAAAAACAUAUAGGCAGAAUACUAGAAUAGAUCGAGUUCAACAUACUAGGUCAAAACUAAUAAAAUAAUAUAUGAAUGCUGUUCUGAGGGUGUGUAAUCCAAGUGAGUAUAUAUAUACAUUUUAAGACCUGACCAGGAACGAUUGCGAAAAAUGCAGCACAAGGUCGUCUGGUAGGAAUUGAACCUACGGCCCUGCGAUUCGAAUCGCAGGGCCGUAGGUUCAAUUCCUACCAGAGGACCUUGUGCUGCAUUUUUCACAAUCGUUCCUGGUCAGGUCUUAAAAUGUACAUAUAUACUCACUUGGAUUACAAACCCUAAGAACUGCAUUCAAAUAUUAAUACCACCAAGUGAAUGCAAGAAACCAGAUCAUUGAAGUCUUCCUUAAAAUAAUAUACCACUGUUUAAUUGCAAGGUAAAUAUUUUCACCAAUACUAUAUUCCCAAUUGAAAAUAUAUGAAACAGUAAUUACAGUAUAUGACAUGGAAAUAUACAAUUAUACUGUAAUAUGCUCAAGAACUGUUUAUGUAAUUUAAAACGAUAAUUUGUUCGUACAUAUGUGAUCUCUAUAUUGUCAAUUUUUAUCUCGAGCCCCAUAUUUUGACCAAAAAAUGAUGACGAGCGCGAGGGGGGGGGGGAGUAAGACAUAUUUUUCCAGACAUUUCGAAUAAAAAAGCUUAAAGGUGACCUGAUACGAAAUUUUGAAUUGCCACAUCUGAAAGAAUCGUCAAAACUGUAAAGCAACUUCUUUUGCACAUUUUUGUUUACGUGCUUCCUUGAUGGGAUAUUCAGUUUUCUUGAUAUGCAGUGCAAACAAAUUUACGUCAGACUUUGCAUAAUGAGUUAGCGUUAAAUGUCAGGUUAUCGCGUAUAUAAUUAUUAAAUCGUUUGAAAAUCAAUACAUGCGUUAUACUGAGGACAAUGUAAAGCAUAUGCAGUUUUACAAAUGACGAUGUUGGAUAAAAAUACAUAAAUUAUCAAAUAUUUGGUAGCUCAUUAUGCAAACUGUGACGUAAAUUUGUUUGCAUUGCAUUUGAACAAUACUGAAUUUUCUCACCAACGAAGAAUGUAAAAGAAAAUCUGUAAAAUAAGUUACUUUACAGUAUUCAUUAGAGAGCUUUAGAUUUGACUACGAGUACGCCUACGAGUACGAGAUUUUAUCGCGUGCGAGGAAGUUAUCGUAGUCGUUCUCGUUUCCAUUCAAAUGUUGCUUUUAUUACAGUAAAACAACAACGAGAGAAAAAGUUUCAUAAACUAAAUCUCCUGCUGACUAAAAUCCCCUACAAAACGUGUAAAUAAGUCAUAACAUUAAAAAUACGCCAGAUAUUUAGUACUAAUAUAUUAUUUGCGCCGGAUAAACGCUAUAUAAAUGCUACAAAUUAUUUUUGGAAAACAAAAAAAGUCAACUUUCUUUGUUUAUUUUUUAAAGUCGUCGUGAGGACUACGAGGUUUCUCCACAAUUUCGUACUCAGAUGGGCGACAGCUACGACUCUUUAGCGUCAGUACAGGAUGGCGUAAGCAUACAGCAUGCGUUUAGCUUGACGAAUCUCGUACUCGUAGUCAAAUCUAAAGCUCCCUACUAUUCUUUCAGAUGGGACAAUAAAAAAUUUCGUGUCAUGUCACCUUUAAAAAAAUUCUUCCGGACAAACACUAUUUACAUUAAGGUUCAAAUUUUUUUUCCGGCAAAUACCUGUAAAAACACGUGUAAAACCCAUUUUUUUAACAAUUAUCAGUUAUUGGACGAGUUUGAGCAAAUCAUCGUGGUUUGUCGGUGGCGAGCAGAUCAAUUAUUUGCCGAUGCCGAGGGCAGAGGCAAAUAUUUUGCGAGAAAGGAGUUCGAUAAUUGUUUUAUUAUUCCCUUAUAUAGAAACUUCGUUUUAUCUUUCGUUAUAAGACACUCCGAAAGUUCAGCAAAGCGAGCCGCCAAUGUUUACAACAAUUGAAGGCAAUGCGCAUGCUCAGAAUAUUAUUUUUAGCUGAGAAAUGUCUUUAACAUCGUCCAAAAUUUCUUUUUGUAACAUUAUAUAUAAAAAAACAUUCCAAAUAAUUUUUUUACUAACACCAUUUGUGGCCCCUUUUUGCAAAUUUUGGUUCCUCCUUUAACUGGGGGUUCGUCGCAAAUUUCCCCUUUGCCCUCUCUGAUAGGCACUGCUUAGGUUUUUCCAAUUAUCUUGCGCUCGUUUUGUAUGUACGUUCUGCAAUAGAAAAAUUCAUAAUAACAUAUUGUUUUUAAAAGCAAUAAUAAUUUAUAUUAAUUAAAAUGGCUUUGUCGUGCUUUGCACCUCAUCUCAAUUUUUUCGAGCUUACUGCGCGAAUUGCCGUUUCGAGCGUUACCUGGGUCGUGGAUACUAAUUCACAGAUUAUUUGAUUCUUCCUUAUUUUGCAGCAGCCUGUCAUAUUUUUUGAAAUCAGUAAGAAGAACUCCCAUGACUAGCCCUGGUCUAACGCCGUUAACGAUUUUUGGUGCCAUUGGCUAAACUUUCGAAUUCGUGAAGAUCUGGCAUGUAAUGAUCUUGAAAUCCUAAUAAUCGAAAUUUCUAAUCCUCGUUCAAAGCCGUUUUUGGUGGGUACUUGGUAUAGACCUCCAAGCUCGUCCCAACAAUUAUUUACUUCAUUCGAGGAAAUUAUCGAUAAGAUAGAUGCUGAGAAUUCCGAACUGUAUUUACUUGGAGAUUUGAAUUGUAACCUAUUGUCAAACACACCAAAUUCCAACACGUCUGAGCUUUUGAAUAUAUUUGAUAUUUACAAUCUUUCACAGACAAUUUCUGAACCUACAAGAAUAACUAAUACCUCACAAACAUUAAUCGAUCUAUGUAUUACCAAUAAUCUUGAUAAAGUAAAAGCUUCCGGUGUUCUUUCUCUUGGUAUAAGUGAUCAUUCUCUGGUAUACCUUAUUCGGAAAUGUACAUAUCAUAAGGCACCGGUAAAUACUUUUGUUGAAAAGAGAAAUUUCAGAAACUUCAAUGAACAUGCAUAUUUGAAUGAUUUAAAUAAUCUAAAUUGGGAGCAGGUUUGUCUGCAUAACGACCCUAAUGAUAUGUGGACUGAAUGGUUGAAUUUGUUUAUGUCUGUGAUUGAUAAACAUGCCCCACUUAAAAAGAAACGUAUAGGGAAACGAAAGUCUCCCUGGAUUACUUCACAUGUAGUUCAGAAAAUUCGCGAAAGAGAUUAUCUAAAAAGGCAAUUCGAUAUUACACGUGACGAUGAAAUUUGGUUACAAUAUAAGAAAGCUCGAAAUGAAACUAACAACACUAUUAGGCAGGCUAAACAUAACUACUUUAUCACUAAUAUUGAGGCUGCACGAAAAGAUCCAAGGAAAACUUGGAGACUAGUCAACGAUCUGAACUCUCGUAAAGUGAGUGAUGUAACCAGUGUCAAGAAAGUCAAUCUUGACGGUAAUGAAAUCACUAAUGCGGCUGAAAUUUCGGAUGCCUUUAAUUCAUAUUUCACCUCGAUAGGAGAGAAACUUGCGAACAAAAUACCUAGCUCGAAUGUUAAUCCCGUUUCUUAUAUUCAAUCCACACAUAGUGUUUUUUCUUUCGAGGAAAUUGGUUUGUCCACUGUAAAUUGUUUGCUAAAAACGAUUAAUGCUAACAAAGCGACCGGCCCUGAUAAAAUCCCAGGUAGAUUAUUGAAAAUAGCCGCUGAUAUUCUUUCCCCCUUGUUAACCAGAAUUUUUAAUAGAUCGCUUUCUAUGGGGAUUUAUCCGACUGAUUGGAAAAUGGCAAAAGUCUUACCGUUAUUCAAAAAUGGCGACAAAUGUGAUCUAAGUAAUUAUCGUCCAAUUUCAAUUAUAUCGGCGGUUGCCAAAGUUUUUGGUAGAACCGUUUAUGACCAAUUUUACUCCUAUCUGACAAGUAACAACUUACUGUCGAACUAUCAGUCAGGGUUUCGAGCAUCAUAUAGUACCGUUACAGCUUUAUUAGAGUCGAGUAAUAACUGGUGCGUAAAUAUUGAUAAGGGUUUGCUUAACGGAGUGAUCUUCAUUGACCUAAAGAAAGCUUUCGAUACAAUUGAUCACGAAAUUCUUAUACGUAAACUCAAGUGUUAUGGUGUGGAUGACAAUGCGCUAUCGUGGUUUAAUUCCUAUUUAAACAAUCGAAAACAGAAAUGCUACGUAAAUGGCAAACUCUCUGGUAGUCGUUCUAUCUCCCAUGGAGUUCCGCAAGGCUCUAUUAUAGGCCCACUUCUGUUUUUGAUCUAUAUCAAUGACUUGCCUAACUGCUUGAACGAGGGUUUACCUAGAAUGUAUGCUGAUGAUACGAACAUCAGCAUGCAAAGUAAUAAUCUUUCUGAGCUAGAAAAUCUUAUGAAUGCUGAAAUAGCCAAUUUAAACACAUGGCUAGAGGCAAAUAAGUUAAGUUUAAAUAUUGCCAAGACUGAAUUUAUGAUUAUUGGAUCUCGUCAAAGACUUUCAACCUUUGAUAAUCAGAAUGUGGAAGUAUGUGUUAACAAUAAACAGAUUAAUAGAGUGCUGAAGUCUAAGUCAUUAGGUUUAACAAUUGAUGAGAACUUGACUUGGAAAUAUCAUGUUGAUAAUAUCACCAAAAAAGUCUCUUCGGGUAUCGGUGCUCUCAAACGAAUGAGAGAUUUUAUUACCACAGAAACUGCAAUUCGAGUUUACCAAAGUUUGGUGGAGCCCUAUUUUUCCUAUUGUGCCCCUGUUUGGGAUGGCCUAGGUAAAAAGCAAAGCGAAAAAUUACAAAAAUUACAGAAUAGGGCCGCCCGUGUUAUUACCCGUUCAUCUUAUGAUAUUUCAUCAAGUUCUCUUCUUGAAGAACUUAAUUGGGAAUCAUUGUCCACUAAGCGAUUAAAGCAAAAGGCAAUCCUCAUGUUUAAUACUAUUAAUAAACAUACACCAUUCUAUUUACAAGAGAUGUUUUCUCCCAGUGAGAGUGUUUAUAACCUGAGAGAUUCUUAUGGUAAACUUUAUGUCCCAAAACCACGCACAGAUUAUUUGAAACGCUCCUUCAGUUACAGUGGAGCCUCUUUAUGGAAUGGCCUGCCAGAAUCUCUUAGAUCAGUAACCUCUCUCGCUGCAUUUAAGACAGGUUUAGAAGCCUUCUUAAUAAAUAAUCGAUCUGACUCCCACACGGCAAUCAGGUAGAACAGUAUCUAUAUUUCUUUUUGCUCCUUUUAAAAUAUUUUAAUAUUUUUGUAAAUAACUAUACUGAUGAUUUUCCGUGUUUAAAUAAAGUUGAUGUAUCUAUGUAUGUAUGUAUGGCUCCGGGAUUAAAUCAAGGCCACAAAAUCCUAAAUAACAAACGUACGGAAUAUAUUUCGGAAAUUUAUUGGUAUUUAGUCAAAGUACUAUCCUUUAAUUAUUUUUUCGUUUGGUUCAACAAAAUAUAUAGCUAUACACAACGCGAGUCGAUGUUUGACACAGUGUAUUUCAAAAUAAGGUCUUAUUCAAGACACUUGUGUAAAUUUAAGCAAAAUUUGUUUAAAUGCAAAACAUAUCAACGCGCUUCUCGCGCUGCGUUGGGCCAUUCCAUUUAACAACCAUACCCCCCACCCCUUGGAAUGGGUUCAGUUAGAUGUUACCCCUAAGAAAGAAGAAUCAAAGCGAUGACAUAAAAUUCGCUCAGAAAUUUGUGAAUUUUCCCCUUACCCCUAGCUCAAAAAAAAACACAGAGAAUCAAAUGAUGCCGACAGGCUUCUCACAUCGAAAGACUUUGGAAUCACCCUUCGGAAAAAUUCAUCCAUAGGGGCGGUUGACAUUAAUUGGAAUGGCCCGUUAUCUUAUACAUUUCAAAUCGUCCGGUCAUUUUCAUCCUCGUGUCAUUUGGAAGUUCCGUAAUGAAAUCACUUAAUAUUAAAUUUCGCGUAUAUAUUCUUCAAAUCCGCGAUGACAACGACCGUUUAAAAAAUUGAAAUGAACAGUCCCGCCCGUUAACUACAUGUAAUAUCAAAUAUUCUGUUGCUAACUAUUAUGCGCUACUCUUCCUGUAAUCUUAAUGUCUGUCAACUGAAAAUAUAUUUGGUGUCUCAUGUUUUGCAGGUUUGUCUAAUAAUUUAUCCCAUACUAAUGUUAAAGUGGCUUUCUGAUUGGUUUAGACUAUGUGAGCUUUUCUCCAGCUCAACUUCCUUUCGUUGAGGUCGGCUCUCUUUCGCCGAUCUCGCUCGCGAAACUGCUUACGUUACGAUAACAGUAACAAAGGCGGACAAUAUUGAGCCGAUAAACCUACACUUUUAAAGAACCGUUUUUUCGGGCGAUUAAUCUACUGAGACUGAAGAAAAACAAAAAAAAGCAAUAAAAGUAAUCUAGACGUAGAUAAAGAAAUGGAGAUCAGUGAAUUUUUGGCCGACAAAAUGUUGACAAAACAUCGGCAAAUAUAUCGCAAAGAGCUACAAUGUGUAUGGGAUAAAAACAGGUUCGGUGAGUCCAGGAUUGGACGCACCUCGGGUGGCUGGAAGUUUCCAGAACUAACAGAGCGAAAUUGUGAUACUGUACAUGGUGUAAAAAUAAAACUGAACAGAUUUGGAAUUGCUCUCAAUUUCGCAAAAAGAGCUCGUGGUAUAUCACGUCAUGUUACAUACAGAUUCCUUGAGUACCCAUAAUGUAGAAUAAUGAAAAAAUGCUCGAACUGAAAUUGUGUAAACCGAGGAGGUGUUUCUUUUCCAACAAACUAAAAAAUUAAUGGCUUCCGCACUAGGUCUAAAAACUUUAAUAGUAUUUUGAGUUAAUUGGUGGAAAUGUUGGGUUUUUAAUUACUGUACAAAAUUUCGGACAAUUUGUUUUAGUAUAAGCCUUUAACUAUUCAUUUUUCCUUAACUGAAAAUCAGCUAGCCUUUCGCACGCUUAAUGCCUUUAUCUAAGAUCCAUAUUGCUGACAUAUGCAAAUUAAGCAAAGACAUUAAUUAAGCGUGCAAAAGGCUGAUUUUUUAGGAAAAAAUGUAAGUUUGCGUGAAUAGUUAAAGGGCUUUAACUGAAGGAAAUUGUCUGAAAUUUCGUGCAAUUAACAAUUAAACACCAAACACAUUUUCACCCAUUAACUUAAAAUACGAAUAAAGCUAUAUUAAAAUCUCGUGCGCAAGUUAUUUUUGUUUGUCGGAAAAGACACAUCAUUUUAUUUGUGUUGGUGUUGUGUAAUCAGGUGAAUAAUAUGAUGUUGUGGAUAUACACUCAGAGUAACAUCACAAACAUUAUAUGGCUAUCCAAUGUUAGCAAGAAGUUAAACACAUGUUCUGGGCCUGAAACAAUAACAGAAAGAAUAUUCUAGACCUCACGCUUAGAACAUGCUUUAAUAUCUAAAAAACAUAUAACUAUUUCAUUUGCAACAAUGGAUAUUUAGCUCAAAUAACGAGCGAGAAUGCGUUUGAAUUUGAGUUAGUUAUUUCUUUGGCCGGGUUGAUCAAGGAAAUUUUUAUCGUCACGGUUUAUUUCACAAAAUUAUUUUAUGCCGUUGCAAAAACGAAUAAAUUUAAUUCGUUCUUGUUGGAGUUUCUGACGAAAGCGUUUUAUUAAACUGUGUAUAAUAAAAUGUUAGAAAAUAAUUUGACAUUAUUUUUAUUAGAGAUCAUUAUGAAAGGAUGUGAAAAUGGCAAGAGCCCAUGUUCGAAAAAUGCGCAAUGUAAUUACAGGAUGGAUUCCGUUGAAUGUACGUGUACCGAAAACUUUUAUGGAGAUGGAAUGCGUUGUACAGGUACGUAAAGCGUUUUUCCUGAAAAUUUGUUUGUUGAAGCCCUCAGGAUCAAAAAUUUUGUUGAGCUUUUAAUUUGCUUCUUCGUGUCUUUAUCGAAAUUUUAUACAAUGUUUCAAUGUUAUGCUGCGCGUAGCUGUAUUCGACGAGUGCUUCUGGACCUGAUUGCUUUUUGAUGAUUACAAACAAUAUCGGGGACGUGUGAACGUGAAAAUACAGCACGAGGUGGACCUUACAAUAUGAGUAAAUUGUUAAACACGGCCGAACAUAUUAAUACAAUAAAUUCGGGACAAUUUUUUGGGAUAGAUGAACAUAACCCUACUCUAACCCCAACUCUAACAUAAUCAAUAAGUUUAAAUUUAAUGUGAAAUAAAAACGGCAAAAUAUUUGGAGACUUUGCCAUUAAACUGCAGUGGAAAUUAUAUAGUACACUCGGUUGGCCGUCAGAAGUUUGUUCGCAAAAUGGUUGAACAAUUUACUGUACAACUUUUUAAAUUAUUAUUACUGAAAUUUAUUUGCAGUUUAAAUCGAGAAAAAGCGUUGUGUACAUUUGUAAACCAUUUUACGAAAAUUAAAAUAAAAUAAAAUAGGUGGUAAAACAGCAAAAUGAUUUCUUUAGCCAGUGGUUGUACUGGCGCAUGCGCAUAACAACAUUAAACACAAAGGAAAAACGGCUGCCCGGUAAGCGAUCAACGCUGUUUUCGUGCAUCCAUGCAAAACAAAAGACAACACCGAGCGCAAAUGGACGGUUAUCGACGUUAUGCGCAUGCACGAGUACAAGCUCUGUCUAAGUAAUUGUUUUUCAUUUUAAAAGGACGUAUUUUGCUGUUUUACAGCAUUUUUUUGUUUUAAAUUUUGUUAAAAUGUUUAUAACAGAACAAAACAUUUUUUCUUCCAUUUUAACUGGAAAUAAGCCUGCAGAUUCAUGAAUUUGCGGCUGUUCAACAGUGAAACAAAAUGUGUAUUAAAGAAUUGUUUUGAUCUUUUGAUCUUUUGAUGUUGAUAUUAUUAAUAAUUUAACGUUGUUGUGCCGGUUGAGUAAGUGUAAAUACUUCGGUAAUAAAAUUCCAUGCUGUAUUUACCUUUCUAUUAUAUUCAUAUCUGCGAAAUUCUUAAGCCAUUAACUCGAUAAUUCGCAACAAAUUAUAUGUUUUAUUGCAAGCUGAUAAACAUGAAAUUGCAGCGAAUGUUAUCGUUUAAUAAUAAAAGUAGCGCAUCAGUUGUGUUUUUAUGUUUGUUAUAAUUGUUUUAAUACUUUAUGUGGAGUUUUUAUACUUCCGAUCUGUUAAGAAAUGCGAGCGGUUGUUGCAUGUACGUAUUUUCUAGUACAAAGAAUAUAAUAGCAUCAUGUCACAAAAUAUAAACCAAUCAGAUGGAUUUGGUCAAAACAAAGUAUAAAAACAUUACAUAAUAUAUUGAUUUAAUCAAAUUACGUAAUAUAUUUAAUACAAGUAUACAGAAAACUACAACAAAUAGAAAAAUAUAUAUUAAUUAAAUUUUGGGCAAAAUAGACCAAAUUCCCACCGUUCUGGGCGUAACUCCGCAGUGAGUGUACUAAUUCCGAACGGCUCUUUUUCCCCGGGAAAAGGAAAGCUGCUAGGGGUUUCAAAAGAGGGGUAGUGAGUGGUCAUCUCACAGAACUCAAAAUAUGGUACAUUGCCAGGCGUGGAAUGAGCCCACUUCCAAGAUUAAACUUCAGUAAUAUUUUUGCCCUUCUGCACAAAAAUGCGGAAGAAUGAUUGUACCCCUUACGAAAAUCAACCCUAUUUUAACCCUAUUUUAUCCCUAUUUUACUUUCUAUUUUAUUCCUAUAGAAAAGCUAUUUUAUUUUUAACCCUAUCAUAUUGCUAUCACAUAUACAAAUCCUAUAUUAAACCUAUUAGAGUUUUAAUUGUAUUUUAUAGCUAUUAUAAAUAGGUUUUUUUGAAACCAAAAAUAGCCUAUUUUAAAUAUAUUUUAUUUUUCUGAAUCGGUGAAGCACAGAUUAAAAUAGGUUUAAAAUAGGAUAAAAUAUAUUUAAAAUAGAGUGCAAAAUAGAAAUAAAAUAAUAAAGAAAAGUGAAACAUUGGUAAUAAAAUAGAUUUUAAAUAUACAUAAAAUAGGUUAAAAUAGUCGAAAAUACAUAUAAAAUAGUGGAUCAACUGCAGUAUAUUAACUAAAAAUAGUAAUAAAAUUACUGCAAUAAUAGUAAUAAAAUAGUUUAAAAAUAUGAAUAAAAUACUGAUAAAAUAGUAAUAAAAUAAUAGAAUUAAAAUAGUGAUAAAAUAGCGAACAAAAUAGUAAAAAAAUAGUUCAAAAUUCUUAUAAAAUAGUAUAAAAAUAGUACUAAAAUAGUCAGAAAGUAGUAAUAAAAUAGUUAUAAAAUAGCAAUAAAAGAAUAGUAAAAUAGUCAUAAAAUAGCAAUAAAAUACUCAGAAUGUAGCAAUAAAAUGGUUAUAAAAUAACAAUAAAAUAGCUAUAUAAAAAUAGUAGCACUGCAACAUAGUUACUUUAUAAAGUAAUAAAAUUGUAGUAUGAUAAUUAAAACCAGUUAAAAAAUAGUAAUGAAAUAAUAUCAAAUUAGCUGAAAACUAGCAAUACAGUACCAUGGUUGACAGGUAUAUUAUCGAUUAAAAUUGUAUAAAAUAAUACACAUAAAACAGUUUGUAUUCUUAUUAGCUGCUGCCAAUGCUAGGUUGUGGCAGUUUAGGGGCGGCAGGGGUGAAUGUGGCAGUUUAAGCAGUGUCAAAUCAAUGGCAUUGUUUACCACAGUCAGAGUUACCAACGUUUGAGUAACUGUAAGGAAUCUAUUACACGAUUGGGUUUCAAAUCAAUUGCAGGAUGUGCAGUCUAGUAGUCUAUACUAGCAGUUAGACCCAUGCCACCAAGCAUCUUGCAGAUCAAGCAGUUAUUGCCAAUACAUGCGAGCUUAAUUGUCAGUAUUAAAAGGUGAAAAAUGGGCAAGCAGACCACAGUCGAUAAGCAAAAUUUUCUAGCUUGAAACCUCACAGUUAAAUAUUGUGUGCAGAACUUAAAGUAGGGAGUGUUAAGGAAAAUUACAUCUAAAUAUGUCAACAUGAAACAUCAUGGGCAUGAAACAUCAGGAGUCUAGCUGGACACUUUCCUUGGCAAAUAAAAUUGUCCAACAUUAGGCAAGAUACAAAGCAUUUAAAUAUUAACAAACUGCUGAAAAUUGGGCACUUCAGUGAAAUGGGUAAUUUUAUUCAAAAAAAAAUUUUAGUUCACCCUUGUCGUGACUUGCCGGGGUGUCUCUAAAGAUAUAUAUAAAAUGUAGUCCAAAGGUUGUUACAUAUAUUAUUAAGCAGAUCAGGUCAUGGUAAAGAUAAAUAUAUUCAUAUAUUAUAAACUUUGAACAAGCAAACAAAGGACUUUGACUGUUUCCAGUUAGAGCACUUCCAUAAUCAAGUUGCCACACAACAAAUUGAUCAAAUUGACAUUUGUACCUAUUAACCAACCAACCCGGCAUUAAAAAAUUCAAGCAUGGCAUACAAAGGAAAUUGAAAUUAACCCUCUAUACCCAUUCCAUUGAUAUCCUAGUGCAUUGUACUAUUACCCUCUGAUGUUAGACAUGGUAAAAUCAAACAGCACUGAAAGAAUCCAGCUUUGAUGCAACCAACACCUGGUGUUAGACUGAGGGUGAAAAAAAAUUAAAGUAGGGUAUAUAAGUGCUAUAAUGGUAAAGUGCAUGAGACAUCCUUUUCCGGCUGAUAAUUUCAGCAAAUAUACGAGAUAGAUAUAAGUAGAAUAUAAUAUAAUGACAUGUCUUGCAGAUAUAACAACAUAUCUUGUGAAACACUGGUGAAGGUGAAUCAUAUUUGAUUCAAAACAUACAGUUUUUAUAAAUUGUGUGUUAAUUACUGUAUUAUAUAUAUAUUAUAUAUAUAUAAUGCACUCCUUAUUCAGAAUAACUUUUAUUCUAUGACUAUUGUAACUGAGACAUGCACAUUUAGCUGGGAUAUGCCUAGGUAUUUAUAAGCAUAUAAAGAAUUGAGGAUUGAAACUUGAGUAGAUGCCAAGCAAUAAUAUAUUAUUUAAUUUUGAUACAAGAAACACUGCCACUGGAGUCUGUCAUAUAUUACACAACUAUUAUUAACUAAUUGGCAUUAGUUACAAUAAACAUAAUUUAAUAUAAAGACUGAGUCAAAUGUAUUAAGCUUUGAAUUAAACUAUUGUUUUAUAUCAUCGUUUUAAAUAUUGUCGCGGCAAAUUCAAAUUUUAAGCCGAAACAUCAAGCAGCUGCACGUGCAUUCUCAAGAUUCACGAAUGAAGAUUGAAAUAGAAAAUAUUUGCCUUCAAAAUUGCUCUAUUAAUAUACACAAAAUAUAACAAGAUUCUUAGCUGGAUAUUACUCAGUCAUCCUUGAUGUUUCAUCUUCGCUUAUUAAGGCUUCAUCGGCUCGUAAUAUCGAACGAAAUAUUACUUCGAAAUUGUCGCGGCAAAUUCAAAUUUUAAGCCGAAACAUCAGAGGUCAUCAAACACGUGCAUUCUCAAAAUUCACAAAUGAGAAAUUCAGAGAAAAAGCUAAUAUUUCCUUUCAAAAUUGCUCUAUUAUUCAUAAAACAUAACAAGAUUCUUACCUGGACAUUACUCAAUCAUCCUUGAUGUUUUAUCUUCGAUUAUUCACGGUUAACAAAGCUUCAUCGGCUCGAAAUAUCGAGUGAAAUAUUGUAACUUCGAAAUCACGAACUGAUUAUAAAAAAUAUGGCGGGGUGUAAAUUCUGUGCUUCAACUUCCACAUUCAAAAAAAUAAUUUUCUUCCCAACUGCAACAACUGCCCAAAAUUUCCUUACUUUUGACAAAAAUUCCUUUGAUGAAGAUCAAUUUUACCUAGUUUAAAACUGAUAUUACAAUAAUUCAUCUUGAAUGACGGUGUAUUUCUCGGGCGAGAAACAUCAUGAACCUUGCAAUUAUAAAUUAUAAAUUAAUUAUAAAAACUGCAACAGGAGGCUUGAGGUCAUGCCUCAGAAAUUUUUCAGAUUUUCCAUUUCCCAGGAGUAGUUUGGUUUUCGACAUUUCCUGACGCGAAUUUGCUUGGGAAUUGCUAUAAUAUUAGGAUUUAUUAGAAAUAUCGUAAUAUCCUUAUUUGCUUACUGAAAACAAAAUUCCUUGCCGUUUCCUAGUAAAUUUUAUUUCUUUUUGCAAAGAAAUUUCCUUGCAAGUGGAAGCACUGCAUGGGAUGACCAGUGGGGAUGACGCUGUACGCAAUAGUUGAAGCCUCCUCCUUUUCUCACCCUCCGCUCCUCACCCCCUUCCAUUAUUAAUGAUUGGUCCCUUAUCUGUGUAAAUGUAAAAUACGGUUCUAUUUUAUUUCAUUUUGCUAAGUAGGAAAAUUCAGUAUGUUUAAUUUAAAUAGACUAUUUUAUACAUAUCUGCAAAUUGUAAUCCUGAAUUCCUGUAAAUGUAAAAUAGGAUUAAAAUAGUGUAUUUUAUUCUAUUUUGCAAAUUAGGGAAAGUAAAUAGGUUUAAAAUAGUAUAUUUUAUCCCUAUUUGAAAAAUGUGGCAUUUUUAAAAUGUGAAAUAGGUUUAAAAUAGUCUAUUUUAUUCUGUUUUAAAUAUUCUGAAAAAUAAAUAGCUUUAAAAUACUAUAUUUUAUAUCUAUUUUAAUUUAUGUAAUUUUUGCACGUGCAAAAUAUGUUUAAAAUAGUCUAUUUUAUUGUUAUUUUACUAACUAUGAAGGAAAGAUAGGAUUAAAAUAGUAUAUUUUAUUCCUGUUUGAAAUUUGUGCAUUUAACUUGCAAUGUAAAAUAGGAUUUAAACAGCCUAUUCUAUUUUAUGAGUUUAAAAAUAGUAUAUUUUAUAUCUAUUUUAAUUUCUAACUGCUUUUUAGUGAAGUAAAAUAGAAUUUAAAUAGGCUAUUUUAAACCUAUUUUUUCCCUGAAGCUCUGGAAAAUAGUAUUAAAAUAUGCGAUUUUAUUUCUAUUAUCUAUAAAAAUAGGAAUAAAAUAAAAUAAAACAUUAAUAAAAUAUGGCUCUUCCUUUUGGUGAAAUAUUAUGACAGAAUUAAAAUAGGGUUGCUUCUGAAUAAAAUAGCAUAAAAAUAGGGGUGAUAGUAAUAAAAUAGUUUUAAAAUAGCAAUAUAAUAUAGUUAUUUUCGCCAGGGACGUAUAUUCGUGUUACAAAAAUGCGGAAGAAUGAUUGUACGUAUAUUCGUGUUAUUAUUGCUAAGAUGACGCGAGCAAAGCAAACCUGUGUUCAUUGGUAGCGUAAUUUAGAAUACCUCGAAUUAAAAAAAAAAUCUUUAGGAAAAUAAAGGCGAGGGGUUGAUGCAUGCAUGUACUUCUAGUAAGUAGGGAAUACGGUAAGAAUUAAAAGUUAAAACUACUAUCAACGUCCGUUUCUGAAAGUCAUGACGAAUAAAUUUAAACAAAUCAAAAUUCAUUAAUUCUAUACGGGUGGACGUUGCGAAGGUUGGAAAUUAGGUGCAUUUCAUAUCUUUUCAGCUAAAAAAAUUACGAAAUUAAAAUAAAAUAAUAAAUUAAAAUAAAAUUUAUAAUAAAAUUAUAAAUUAAAAAACUAUUAAUAAAAUUUAAAAUUUAUUAUUUAAAAUUUAUUAAUAAAAUUUAUUAAAUAAAAUGUAUUUAAUAAAAUUUAUUUAAUAAACUAAAUAAAUUUUGAGUUUUUUGUUAAUUGUUGCUACUCGAUGGGACAGAGGGCUCGAAUUUCCAUAUCAGUAGCACUGUAAUUUCCAGUAUUAAAAUAUCUGGCAAAAGGCUGGUUUGCAAAAUUGCCAAUGACUAUACAUCCCGAUGCUCUCCAAACCUUGUCCUCAAAGAUCUUUCAUUUUCACCGAUGUAAAGCAUGUCACUUCUAUGUACUGCAUGAGAUGCGUUAGAUGAUAAAGGAGGGGUGGUGCACAUUAAAUCGUGCUUGUCAUGGCAUAGAGAUUUAGGUGCUGAAAUGAUGCCAGCAGAAACAUUAAAAUCACAAGAUUUUGCACUUGGCAACCCAGCAAUUAGGAAACGUGGCAUUAUGUGACUACGAAUCCUGUCGUAGGGAGCUAUGACUAGGUGUUUAACGGACAUUUCUGCUUUUUCGAAACGAGAGUGAGCGGUUAUCGAAGAAAAUAGAAGACGUUUCGGUUUCGUUUUUAGUGUAAAGUUUCACUUUACACUAUUGUGAUGAGUGACGAAAAUUCAAACGAAUCAGUCAGUCAGUCUGAAGUCGUAUAGUAAACUUUGCCGGCGGUGCAUACGACUUAUGUUUGUAGUGAUUUAUUGUAUUUAAAUCAACGAUGGCGUGACGAUAUUAUAUACAAAGUUGGGGUUAUACGACGUUUGGAUCGGGUGGAUCCACCCACUACGUCAUCAGUAUAUCAUAUCAUACCAAUUACACGCUUGUAAUGUAUUUAAAGAAUGUGGUGGACCGAUGAUUACUAGCGUUUUAAGAAAUUUUUUACGAUUUAAUACUUUGCUAAUAUAUUUAUCUCCACAUAUAUUCCUUCUAACAAACUGAGUGGAGUUUAACACAUUCUCGAUAUAUAUUCUACUAAAGUUAUUGUAAUGAUUUUGGGACGUAGAUAUUGUACGCAUGCGCAGUGAGAAUUGGGUGUUACGAAAAUUCCUGACUUAAAGGAGUUUGCAAAGAUUCCGGGGGGAAUUCUGCAGAGAAUAUCUCAGUUUAUUCAAAAUUCCCCAAAAUCAUAAAGACAAUAAAAAUAGAGUAUAAAAGGUGUACUUGAAUUCAUCGUAUUACAAGGUUUUCUUAGAUUAUCUUAGAGUGUCCACUAUUUUAACACCAUCCUUGGUCUUACCUGGGGAUGUAUUUACCAUGUUUAGGACUGUUAAACAAGGAAUAAUAAAAAUCUAGACAUACAUAUGAAAUUUUUUAGACAGAACUAAGCAGUUGCUAAGCCCAAGUUAAAAUCGUUGUUAACGCGCCCCACCCGUGUGGAUAUAUACAAUUUUUAUUUCACCCAGGGAGCUUGAGAUAGGAAAAAAAUACUAACACAUAAAGAGUUAUUACAGAUGAUAUGUAAGCUAUUUCGAAGUUUUGUCGUUUGCGGCUCUCUAAAGCCUAGUUUCCAUUUGGUCGUUAGUUGUCGCCGGCACGACAAGCGGUAGAUGUGAAAUAGUCUAAUAUCAAUAGUCUUUUUGUGUGUUAUAUGUAAAUCAGUCUUAAUGAUUGCAGAGUUUUUUGUUGACACUCUAUUACAUCAGCCAUUUGUAGUGCCAGCGAGAACUAACGACCAAAUGGAAACUAGGCUUAAACGUAUAACGCCAAAGUCAUUAACAGUCAUUCAUGGAUUACAAGCAAAAUUUCAAUCAAUUAAACUAAUAUUUAAAUCCCGUUCUGUCAUAUGGUGUCUGGGAGAGAAUAUGUUGCUGUUUAGAGUUAUAUAAACACAUGGAAGUUAGAGGUCAUGAUAUAUAAUUGUCAAGCGAUUCCUAUAUUUUAAUGCCAGGUUUUUAAGGUACUAAAGCUCGAAUAAGGUUAAUACAUUUAAGCUAUAUUAAAGCACACCGAUUGCUAUGUGUUGUUAGGGUGAAACUAAUUAAAGGAUUAACUUUUUAUCAGAGAUUUGCAUUUUCUACUUUGUGGAUAAAUACGGGUAGAUUAGGAUAUUCAUUGCGCGGGCGUCGCGGGUUAUCCGUGCGAGUUGGAAACACAACAAUAAUGAGGUUAAUAUUGGAAGAGAGAAAGCAAUCUAAACAAUGCAGGAGCGCUUUGCAGCCAAAAGUUUACACAAGAAUUCAAUCUUAAAAUACAUUUACUUCUUCGAGACGUUUACAAAGUUAAUGUGGUCUACUUCUUGGAGCAUAAUGUGUUUGAUUUUAUUUAAAUUACGCACAACAAUUUAAAUGUUUUUUGUAAUAAGAGUCGUUUGGUUUAAUUGUUAAUUUGCCAUGGUUUCUAUACCCCUAGCCCUACAUCGACCCUACAUCGACCCUACAUCGACCCUACAUCGACCCUACAUCGACCCUACAUCGACCCUACAUAACACCCACAUGUCGCCGUAAAAAACAACUAUAAAUGAUUAUUCCAUAGCUUAUCUUUAUCGUCCUUAUUCUUAUUUUCUUAUCUUUAUCUUAUUAUCCCUAUCUUUAUGAAAGACUAUAGUCCUGACUAUGAAAGACUAUAGUCCUGACUAUGAAAGACUAUAGUCCUGACUAUGAAAGACUAUAGUAAAGAUUAUGAAAGACUAUAGUUCUGAGUAUGAAAGACUAUAGUCUUGACUAUGAAAGACUAUAGUCCUGACUAUGAAAGACUAUAGUCCUGACUAUGAAAGACUAUAGUCCUGACUAUGAAAGACUAUAGUAAAGAUUAUGGAAGACUAUAUUCCUGACUAUGAAAGACUAUAGUAAAGACUAUGAAAGACUAUAGUUCUUAUACUCCCCAGGCUCGGAGCCAAGCUCCCUAGGCUCGGAGCCGAGCCUGGGGAGUAUAAGAACUAUAGUCUUUCAUAGUCUUUACUAUAGUCUUUCAUAGUCAGGAAUAUAGUCUUUCAUAGUCUUUACUAUAGUCUUUCAUAGUCAGGACUAUAGUCUUUCAUAGUCAGGACUAUAGUCUUUCAUAGUCAGGACUAUAGUCUUUCAUAGUCUUUACUAUAGUCUUUCAUAGUCAGGACUAUAGUCUUUCAUAGUCAGGACUAUAGUCUUUCAUAGUCAGAACUAUAGUUUUUCAUAGUCAGGACUAUAGUCUUUCAUAAAGAUAGGGAUAAUAAGAUAAAGAUAAGAAAAUAAGGAUAAGGACGAUAAAGAUAAGCUAUGGAAUAAUCAUUUAUAGUUGUUUUUUACGGCGACAUGUGGGUGUGAUGUAGGGUCGAUGUAGGGUCGAUGUAGAGCUAGGAGUAUAGAAACCAUGGCAAAUGAACAAUUAAACCAAACGACUUUAUUACAAAAAACAUUUAAAUUGUUGUGCGUAAUUUAAAUAAAAUCAAACACAUUAUGUUCUAAGAAGUAGACCACAUUAACUUUGUAAACGUCUCGAAGAAGUAAAUGUAUUUUAAGAUUGAAUUCUUGUGUAAACUUUUGGCUGCAAAGCGCUCCUGCAUUGUUUAAAUUGCUUUCUCUCUUCCAAUAUAAACCUCAUUAUUGUUGUGUUUCCAACCCACACGGAUAACCCGCGACGCCCGCGCAAUGAAUAUCCUAAUCUACCCGUAUUUAUCCACACAGUAGAAAAUGCAAAUCUCUGAUAAAAAGUUAUUCCUUUAAUUAGUUUUACCCUAACAACACAUAGCAAUCGGUGUGCUUUAAUAUAGCUUAAAUUUAUUAACCUUAUCCGAGCUUUAGUACAUUAAAAACCUGGUAUUAAAAUAUAGGAAUCGCUUGACAAUUAUAUAUCAUGACCUCUAACUUCCAUGUGUUUAUAUAACUCUAGACAGCAACAUAUUCUCUCCCAGACCCCAUAUGGCAGAACGGGAUUUAAAUAUUAGUUUAAUUGAUUGAAAUUUUGCUUGUAAUCCAUGAAUGACUGUUAAUGACUUUGGCGUUAUACGUUUAGAGAGCCGCAAACGACAAAACUUCGAAAUAGCUUGCAUAUCUUCUGUAAUAACUCUCUAUGUGUUAUUUUUUUUCCUAUCUCAAGCUCCCUGGGUGAAAUAAAAAAUUGUAUAUAUCCACACCAACUUCGUUAAACACGAUUUUAACUUUGGCUUAGCAACUGCUUAGUUCUUACUAAAAAAUUUCAUAUGUAUGUCUAGAUUUUUAUUAAUCCUUGUUUAACAGUCCUAAACAUGGUGAAUACAUCCCCAGGUAAGACCAAGGAUUGUGUUAAAAUAGUGGACACUCUAAGAAAACCUUGUAAUACGAUUAAUUCAAGUACACCUUUUAUACUCUAUUUUUAUUGUCUUUAUGAUUUUGGAGAAUUUUGAAUAAACUGAGAUAUUCUGUGCAGAAUUCCCCGCGGAAUCUUUGCAAACCCCUUUAAGUCAGGAAUUUACGUAAUACCCAAUUCUCACUGCGCAUGCGUACAAUAUCUACCUCUCACAAGCAUUACAACAACUUUAGUAGAAUAUAUAUCGAGAAUGUGUUAAACUCCACUCAGUUUGUUUGAAGGAAUAUAUGUGGAGAUAAAUAUAUUAGCAAAGUAUUAAAUCGCAAAAAUUUUCUUAAAACGCUAGUAAUCAUCGGUCCACCACAUUCUUUUAAUACAUUACAAGCGUGUAAUUGGUAUGAUAUGAUAUACUGAUGACGUAGUGGGUGGAUCCACCCGAUCCACCGGUUGUAGAACCCCCACUUUGUAUACUACUGACGAUGCUACGUAGGAGCGACACAGUGUUGUUUUCAAAUAUAUAAAUAUUUGAUACGUUAAUAUUAAACAAGUCUUUGAGAAUCCACGCAAUCUAUAAAUUGAUGUUAUGCAUUUAUGUGUGCAUUCAAUCAAGUACCGAUAUUAUUUAGACGGUAUAUUCAUUAUACAGAGCUGUGAAGAAGCUAGACAGUGCUUUUUCUUCAAAUGAAUAAACAUUUCAGACGUAAAUAUUUAGAAAAUCUUCAAGAUUGUGGGUAUUCAAUUAAGUGUCGAUAUUAUUUUGACGGUAUAUUCAUUAAUAUACAGAACUAGAAAGGAGCGACAGUAUUGUUUUCAAAUAUAUAAACAUUUCAGACCUGAAUAUUGAGAAAAUCUUUGCCAGAGAUUCUACGCAAUGUAUAAUUAAUGUUUUGUAUUUUACCGGCAUUCAAUUCAUAUUCGACAUAUAUUGUUUAGAACGUAUAUUCAUACGCUCUCCUCGAACACAGCAACGCACAUAAAAGUUGAAUACAUUAAAAAGUGAAUUUUUAUACUGGUAAUUUCAAGACAGAUCCUGGCUUUUAUAUAUACAACCAGUUCACAAAAGGCCGUUAAUUAAACACAGAGCACGCAAGCUUUCAUGGAUAUUACAUAUUGCCUAAUAUUACUUAAUAUUAUAUUGGGCAUUAGAUUGGUGAGACAAAUAUCCCUGCAUGGAACGUUCUCAUUAAAAAUACCGCCGUAUUUUUGCAAACAAAAUUUUAAAACGCGUUUUGAAUAUAAAUGGCAAUUACCCCAUCAUAACUUCCGCGGUCUCAUUUCAAAUAUAAUCCAGAGAACAUCAUAUAAUUGGUAAAACUUGUACAAUUGGAAUACGUGCGCAAUAUGUAAAUUGUACAAUACCUGUAUUGCAAAUCGUCGAGCAUAUGCUCCGCCCAAGACUACUUUUACUUGCAGCAAAAGUUAUCUCUUCUUACAUAUCUUUUGAAAAUAAAAGCUUCCUUUUUCUGUUCAAAUAUAUGGACAUAUAUGGUCUGAAAACCGCACAUUUUUCGUUUUAUAUUCCAAAAUAUUAUCUCACUUUCUUAGUAGCGAUUUUGUAUGAUAUUUUUCGGCAGGAAAUGCUAAUUGUGCAAGGAUAUUCCAAUUUUGCCUAAAAUUUCUGAGAUUCAACUUGUUGUACACAAUUACACCAAACCUAAUAUUUACUUUACCUCUAUAUUUAGAGCUACGAUCCAAUUACUCGUCAAGAAAAGUCUACACAAAACCCGGCGAACCUGCAGUACUUGUUUGUUCGCUCAAUGAAACAAUCCAAUGGAAAAAAGAUGGGAAAAUUAUUACCAAUGACGGGAAUAUAAAAAUAUUUCAAAACCUGCUUGUUGUAAAUUCAGUAGACGACGAUGAUUAUGGGGAAUAUUUUUGCGAACUGCAGAAUUACAAAGGAAAAGGAAUAACAAUGCGGUUAAUUAUGAUCAAUGACGACGCGAAUGGCGAUGAAUCGACCAAAUUUUUAAUCCCAUUUAUAGUUAUCUUAAUUUUGUUGGUAUGUUUAUUGAUCGUAACAGGCUACCUGUUGUUGAGAAGAAGACCAAAAUUGGCUACUACGAUACAACGCGACCCGUCUGCACGUGACAAUGACUAUGAUAAUGAUAAAUCCAGCGAAAUAUCCAUGAAAGAGAGACUCCCUUCUGGCGAGACUGAAGAAGAAAAAUACAACACUUUAAGUAAUGUUAGAGAAGAGGAACCUUUUUAUCAACCACUUGUCGAUGUGAAAUGUGAAGAAACUAGCCCACAGUCUAUGAGCGAGGCGUCUCGUUCAAAUAUUUACGAAGAAGACGCUUACGACAAUAUAGGUGCUAUUAAAGACGAGAAUAAUCAUAUUUAUGCUGAAGCAAAAUAAAUUACAACGAACGAAAACAAAGCUUGCCUUCAUCUGCUAUUUUCCAUUUUCAUGAACAAAUAUUCAAUAGUCUACUGUAUAUUCACGUAUACAAACAACUCCUGCACAAUGUCUUAGCUUCCGCGCAGGGACACCAGAACUGGGGGGGGGGGCAGGAGGGGUAGCUGCUCCCGUUGCCCUUUACCAGGAGGGGUAAAGGGGGCGAAGGUGCCCUUUCAAUUUAAAGGAUUGCCUUGGCGAAAUCGCGAAUUGUCAGAAAUGUUAGUGCAAUUCUUUUACGAAUUUGCUUCAGAAAACGCAAGAAAUGCAGUUAUUGAGCUUCAAGAAUAGCACAAUCGCCUGGCUGAGAACCCCCUCUCACCCCUAUUAUCCAAUAAAUAGAAAACAUGAUUAGGCGAAGUUCAACUUCCGAUGCUUUGCAAACAUCUCUUAGUAUAUAUCAAUUCAAAAGUGCCCUUUCACCAAAAUCUGCCCCCCUUGCCUUCACAUCGUUUCGGCGUCCCUGCUUCCACGUAUAUAUAUAUAUAACAGAACAACUCCGAGAUAAUUUUACAUAAUUGUAUGAGAAAUUAAAAUCUCCCUAAAGGUGAAGUCAGUAACGUUACUAACAAAUUGACUGAAAUAGUAAAUUAUUUCUCUUUAACUCAGAAAAUUUAAUCGAAUUCUAUUAGGAAUGAAUUUCGUGUAAAUAUAUCUUCUGACUU